CCUCCUUUUCCAGAAACACGACCCUUUAGACCUCAGAAGACCUUAUAAUGGAAUCAGCAGAGGUUGGACUGUGUUCUUCUAAAACACCUCCAUGCACUCCUGGUCCUGCUGGCUCACAGCUUUGUGGGGACGUGCAGACAGAAACUUGUCAGGCUUCAGGUGGAGCCUCUGUGGAACACAUCACCCCUGUGGACCUUCAGAAGAAUGUAAAGAAGGAAGAAAGUGAAGAUGAAGACUACCUCUGUGAAGCUCUGUCAGGUUCUGUGGGUCACAUCACACCUGUGGACCAACAGAAUCAAAUGAAAAAGAAAGAACUUAAAGAAGAAGAGACGUUCUGUGGUGGAACAUCAAACUCUGUGGAAAAAAUAGAUGAACAGAACAAAGGAUUUGAAAUAAAGCAUAUAAAAAAGGAAGAGUCUGAAGAUGAAGACUACCUCUGUACAGCAAUAGACUGGGAAAUGCAACAGUAGCUUUAGAUGUGUGUUUUGGAUCAUUGUCGUGUUGGAAAAGUGCACAACGACCAAUUGCACGGAGUGAAGGCAGCAAUCUUCUCCUUCAGUAUAGAUGAAUCGCAGCUCUCCAACACCAGCAGCACUCAUGCAGCUCCACAUAAGGACACCGCCACCACCAUGUUUCACUGUAGGGAUUUUUCUUUUAAGUCCUCAUCUUUACGAUUCCACACAGUUUUAAAACCAUCAGUUCCAAAAACAGUGAUCUUUGUCUUAUCACUCCAGAGUAUAGAGUCCCAGUAGUCUUCAUCUUUUUCAGCAUAGGCCCUAGCAAAUUCUAGGCGUGCUUUUUUUGUGCAUGGGCUUUAGGAGAGGCUUCCUUCGUGGACGAUACCCAUGCAUGCCAUUCCACUGCAGUGUUCGCUGUAUGGUGUCACGGGAAACGGUCACUCCAGUUUGGCCUUCUACUGCUUUAGCUAACUGCAGUGAACUUGCAUGGCGAUUUACUUCAACCUUUCUCAUCAGAAGACGCUCCUGUCGAGAUGUUAACUUCCGUGGACGGCCUGAACGUCUCUGUACGACGGUUUCACUUCCAUCAUUCUUAAAUUUUUGGAUUACUUUUGCUACAGUAUUUUGACUGAUAUAAUAAGCUUUGCUAAUCUUUUUGUAGCCCUCACUUUUCUUGAGAAAUGAUUUUCUUCCUCAGAUUUUGUGACAUUUCUCUUCCAUGUGGAGCCAUUGCUGACAGCAUGAAAUUUUCUUAAGUAAUGCCCUUUUAUAGUCACCUGUCUGCUGGACACCUCUUAAAUGAAUCAUUAGACUCACCUGUGGUUGACUGCCUGUUAAUUAGAAUUUUGUAGUCUUAAGCGUGGCUUUUUUCCUAAGACUAUAAUUGGGGUGUACUCAUUUUUGCAACAUGGGCUUCAAUGAAUUAGUUAGGAAAAUCACAUUUUUGUGUGUGCAAAUUAACAAAUCUUGUUUGCAAUCAAUGGCCCAUAUUUGUGGGAGUAUUUAGUAGUAUAGUAUCUCAUAGAAAAUGUUGAUUCUGAAAGGAAACUAAAGGUUUUCUGACAAAUGUAGUGGGGUGUACUCAUUCAUGCUGAGCACUGUGUGUAUAUAUAAUGUACUGAUAUUGAUAUUUAUGUUUCUUUUUUGCUUGAUGCAGCCCAAUAAUUUCACCCUUUUGAAAUAUUCGCUUUUUUGGCCAGGUAGUGUAUAUUACUCACAGACAACUUCUGCUGGCACUUUUAGUUCCGUCACAUGGUUGCAGAUGUUUUUGGUUAUCUGAAUUGGGCUAAGAGCUGUCAUAGUCAGGUUACAUGAAGUCCACCAAGUCUAAAGGCUAACAAUUUCUCCUUGCCCCUAUUUCGAACCUCUUCUCUCUAUAAUAUGCAGAUGUUUCAGUCGUGCCUAAGGUAAUGAAAAUUUCUAGAGCUUAAGUAAGGGAAUAUUAAAUUCAUGUCCUUGUUGAGAUCUCUGUAUAAUAAUCGUACUGUAGGGCUGCGUUUAGUAACGAGAGGGCACGUGAAAAUGCCCAGAUCUCACUGUUCAGCCAACAAUGUACAAUGUUUCUCACUAUUGAACUGAGCCUGACUGUACCACAUCUGCUUCUGUACCUUGUGCCUUGUCCACACUGAAUGUACAUAUAAAACAUGCUUGAAUUGCAGAACGACAGAAAAUAUUUUUUUUGUUACACUUAAUUUGGUAGUAUUUUCUGAUGAGUCUAAUUUAUUAAUAAUGAUAGGUAUUUCUUUGUCUAAUUCCAGCAGCUUGUAAAACUUAGCCCAUGCCAUGCUAAAUACUGCGUAUGAAGUGACUUUGCUUAGGUCGUGUUAGCAAAAAAAAAAAGUAUUUUAGUUUUUCAAGGCCUAUGGUACACUCUAAAAACUGCUGGUUUUAAAAACAAUACAACCUUAACCCAACUGCUGGGUCACUAUUGGACAGAAAAUGCACUUGGUUGGUUUGACACAAGUGCUGGGUUUUACCAUUUAACCCAGAAUUCUGGGUUGUUCAUUUGACCCAACCAGUGUUAUUAAAGUGCUGGGUUAUUUUAUUUGACCCAACCAGUGGGUAAAAUUAACACUCUUGCUGGAUAGAUACAUUCCAUUUGCUUUAGUAGAAAGAACAAUUUUGUUUUCAAAAAAAUCCCAAAAUGUACACACAUUCACAUGAUGUAAGUUAGUUGUCACAGAAUAAGAAAAUGCAAAUAACUUAAUUUUGACAAAAAUGUCAGACAGAACAAUAUACAGUGGAACCUUGGAUUAUGAGCAUAAUUUGUUUCAGAAGCGGGCUCGUAUUUCAAAACACUUGUAAAUCAAAAAAUGGGAAU